CCUCUGCAGGUUGCUAGUUUCCCAGUGGUUCAGCGGCACGUGAGCAGAACAGCAAUGAGAGCCAGUCAGAAGGAUUUUGAAAAUGCAAUGAAUCAGGUGAAACUCUUGAAGAAGGAUCCGGGAAAUGAAGUGAAGCUGAAACUCUAUGCACUGUUUAAGCAGGCCACUGAAGGGCCUUGUAACAUGCCCAAACCAGGUGUGUUUGACUUUGUCAACAAGGCCAAAUGGGAUGCAUGGAAUGCACUUGGCAGCCUGCCCAAGAUGCUAUUUAGUAGUAUAGUACAUUUCUCAGAAUGCUUAUUCAUUGACCGAGGGCUGAAGCUUGUGUCAUCUUCUCUUCAGGAAACUGCCAGGCAUAACUAUGUGGAUUUGGUGUCCAGUUUGAGUUCUUCAUUGGAGUCUUCUAGCCAGGUGGAGCCUGGAGCAGACAAAAAAUCAACUGGAUAUGAAACACUGAUGAUGACCUUGGAAGAUGGCAUCACAAAGAUUGUGUUCAACCGGCCCACAAAAAAAAAUGCCAUAAAUACCAAGAUGUAUGAUGAAAUUAUGCGUGCACUUAAAGCUGCCAGCAAGGAUGACUCAUCCUUAACUGUUUUAACAGGAAAUGGUGACUAUUACAGUAGUGGUAAUGAUCUGACCAACUUCACUGACAUUCCCCCUGGUGGAGUAGAGGAGAAAGCUAAAAAUAGUGCCAUUCUAUUGAGGGAAUUUGUAGACUGUUUUAUAGACUUUCCUAAGCCUCUGAUUGCAGCAGUCAAUGGUCCAGCCGUGGGAAUCUCUGUUACUCUUCUUGGGCUGUUUGAUGCUGUGUUUGCAUCUGACAGGGCAACAUUUCAUACUCCAUUUAGUCACCUAGGUCAGACUCCUGAAGGGUGCUCCUCUUACACUUUUCCGAAGAUAAUGGGCCCAGCCAAGGCAACAGAGAUGCUUGUUUUUGGAAAAAAGUUAACAGCAAGAGAGGCUUGUACUAAUGGACUUGUUACUGAAGUUUUUCCUGAUAGCACUUUUCAGAAAGAAGUUUGGACCAGGCUGAAAGCAUUUGCAAAGCUCCCCCCCAAUGCCAUGAGAAUUUCAAAAGAGGUCAUGAGAAAUAGUGAGAAAGAAAAGCUGCAUGCUGUUAAUGCAGAAGAAUGCAGUGUCCUCCAGGGAAGAUGGCUGUCAGACGAAUGCCUGAAUGCUGUCAGCAACUUCUUAUCCAGAAAAGCUAGACUAUGACAACCACCACAGAAGAGUUAAGCAUGUCAGACAAAGGGUAUGGUCUUACUUCUGACUUACAGUACUUGAAUUAAAUAAACUUCAGUGCCUUUUUCAGUACUAAAAUGUCAGUUAUGAUGAUUGUAUUUCACUAUACCCCUGAGGAAUAAAAAAUUUUGUAAAACAAGCUUUAAGAAUU